AUGUACCACGCUUGCGCCUCGAAGUCGGCGGCCGACCCUCUGUAUCAGUUCAAGAAGAAACCGAUGUGUCCACUCUGCCGCCAGUCAACAGCAAGCAUCGCGGAUGCGAGCGAAAAGACGCGAGACAAGGCCAACAACCCACCGUGCCCGUUGUGCAAGCCCGAAAAGGAGCGGUACAUGGAAUGGGCGGGGGCAAGAGGACCCCGGUGCAGCGUCCCCGACUGCACGAAGUCUGGGUUUGCGGUGGUGACGUGCAAGUCGUGCCAGAAACCGGUUUGUGUGCCCCAUCAAGUACCCGACGAACAUGACUGCCGGAACGAGGAGUUGCCGAAAAAGCGCACCGGACGGGCGAAGGCGCUUCUCGGGGGCGACAGCUGCGUCAUAGCC